AUGAUAAGAUCUCUAUUUAGCGGGGUUAGAUUAGCUAAACCUAUUGUUAGUCCAAUUACAUCAUAUAUGAAAUCUAUAAAUUCAAAUGUGUUUACUUCUAAUUCACCAAUAUUAAAUCAAUUCCGUUAUUCAUCAUUAAAUCAAAUUCAAAAAGGUACUCAUUUCGAUCCAAUUAAAAAGAAACUUAGUAAAUCACCAGAUUUAGAUAAUAAUCCAUUCAAAAAAGGUGUUGUAUUAAGAAUUAUGAUUUUAAAACCAAAGAAACCUAAUUCUGCUUUGAGAAAAUGUGCUAGAGUUAGAUUAACUAAUGGAAAUGUUGUUAGUGCUUUAAUUCCAGGUGAAGGACACAAUUUACAAGAGCAUCAUGUUGUUUUAGUUAGAGGUGGUAGAGUUCAAGAUGUUCCUGGUGUGAAAUAUCAUUUAGUUAGAGGUGCUUUUGAUUUGGUUGGUGUUGCCAAUAGAGCUUCAUCAAGAUCCAAGUAUGGUGUUAAGAAACCAAAACAAUAA